UAAACUGAACUGUGAACUGGUAAAUUUAAAUCAGUAUAAACUGAACUGGUUAAUUUAAAUCAGUAUGAACUGAACCGUGAACUAGUUUAUUUUACAUUUUAACUGGUAGAACUCUGCUGAUAAACCAGUAGGGGGCGGUGUGGAGCUGAGUGCGGUUUUUCUCAGCAGACUGAGGCAUUGAGGAAGCGGAGCGGCGUCCAGGAGAACUAUUCAGAUUUAUUCACAACAAACCGAGGUUUAACAUGAGCAGAAUUGAGCACCUGAGCUCCUUCUUUAUAGAGCGGUUAAUGUCGGUGGCUGCAGAGAUUUAUGAAGCGGUUAAAGACACUGUUUCUGACUAUCAGAGAGAGAUAGAGCUGACUAAAGAGGAGAACCACCGUCUGAGGAAACUGCUGGAGGAGAUCAGCCUCAGCGCCCGCGAAGAACCCGGAGACCCGGACACCGAUCUGCAGCCCAGUCGUCCUGAGCCGUCUCCAGAAAAACUAGACUUCUACCAAAGACCGCUGCCUUCAAAUUCCUCUGUAUUACAGCAGAAACUUGAGCUCACCUCCGUAAAACAAGAACCUGAGUCGCAGCAGCUGCCUCCAAAUGAUGUAUCUGCAAGCGCUUCUCCAUGUGCGAAGAGCGUCCACUGUGAGGAGUUUACAUGUUUGUCAGACACAUGGACUAGCCAUGCAGACGGAAUGCUUCAUGAACCACAAAACGCCAGCCAAGGCCUACAGGACACAGAGCCCUCACUAAAACAGGGGAAGCUUGAGCUCGCCACCAUGCAAGAAGACCCUCAUCCCCAACAGAAGCCUGUAGGUCAGUCAUCAUCGGUGUCCCGUAAAUCUUUGGAUGUGGAGGGAAGAAAAGGUGACUGUCUAUAUAGAAACCCUGUUCUGAUAAUCAAGUUAGAACCAUGUGACUUAAAGAAACCACAGUCAUCUAAGCCCAGCCCCAAUACUGCCGAAACCUGUAAUCCAGUGUUGGAACCCAUAUCCACCCAUGUUGAAAUGACCAAUGCUGCACCAGCAGCUGUGCCAUCAGCAGAGGAAGCAGUGUCCAGCAGUGGCGUAAGUGAUAACCCAUUAAUAACGAGGGUUUGGUCUCUAAAUAUGCACAACACCAGGACUGAUAAAGAAGAUCUGUACCACAUAGAGAGACCGUUCCUCUGCGAGUCCUGCGGUAAAAGGUACAAACAGAAGAAGCACCUGAAGGACCACCAGAGACUUCACACUGGAGACCGGCGCUUCAGCUGCUCUGUAUGUGGGAUGCGUUUUUUUUGGACAAAUCAGGUCAAGGUGCACAUUCAGCGCCACCACAAACGGCAGGAAGCUACAGUGCUUAGAAUGCCAUAUUUGUGACAUUGUAACAUUGGAACAUCAUGAACAUUGAAUGUCUUUUAAAUCUGCCCCAGGGAUUCUCUACCUUUGUUGUUUGAAUAUAGUACAAAUAAAAUGUGUGUUUCUUUGGA